AUGGUAACAGCAAACCCAUUACAUGAAGAUGUAGGAUUAUUUUUAGUUCAAUGUUUAUUAAUUAUAUUUAUAUCAAGAUGUGUAACAUGGUUAUUUGCCAAGAUUCAACAACCACCAGUGAUAGCAGAGAUUAUAUCUGGUAUAUUGUUAGGACCAACGGCGUUAGGUAAAAUACCAGGAUUUUCAUCACAUUUAUUUACAGAUGCAUCAUUAAAGAUUUUAAAUGUAUUUGCACAAAUUGGGUUGGUAUUUUUUAUGUUUAUCAUUGGGUUGGAAUUAGAUCCAACUUUAUUUAAAGGACAAAUUAAGACAUCAUUAUUGAUUUCAGCAGCAUCGAUUGCAAUUCCAUUUGGGUUGGGUAUUGCAGCAUCGGUUUACUUGGCAGAGAUUCAAAAUACCGUAUGGAGUUAUUCAUUGGGUAUUUUCAUUGGUGUGGCAUUGUGCAUUACAGCAUUCCCAGUGUUGGCACGUAUUCUCACCGCAAGAAAGUUAUUAGCAACAAAGAUUGGUAUUCUUGCAAUUGCAUGCGCUGCUAUCAAUGAUAUUUGCGGUUGGAUUCUAUUGGGUGUGUCUGUGUCAUUGGCAGGCUCUGCAGGAUCAUUGGAUGCCCUAUGGACAUUGUUGGCAUCGGCAGUAUUUGUGGUGAUUUUGAUUGUGGUGGUCAGACCGGUGCUAUUGAGAGUUGUGGGUAGAAUUUGGAAAUUGGAUUCUCACGGACAUGCACCACACCCAUCCAAUAUCAUCAUGUCGGGUACGGUUUUCCUUUUAUUCCUUUGUUCAUUAGCAACUGAAUGGAUUGGUAUUCAUGCAAUGUUUGGCGCAUUUACAUUGGGAGCAGUCAUACCAAAGACACAUGGUUUCAAUCAAGCAAUUACUGAAAAGAUUGAAGAUUUGGUUUUAGUAUUCCUUUUACCAUUGUAUUUUGUUAUCUCUGGUUUAAGAACUGACCUUACCACAUUGAAUACCGGUGAAUCUUGGUUAGGUGUAUUGGUAAUCAUUAGUUGUGCAUGUGCUGGUAAAAUUUUCGGUGCAGGUAUUAUGGCAAAGAUUUUAGGUUCAAGUACACGUGACUCCUUCUAUAUUGGUGUUUUAAUGAAUACAAGAGGUUUAGUAGAAUUGAUUGUAUUGAAUUUAGGAUUAGAUUUUAAAAUCAUUGAAAAAAAUGUGUUUGGUAUUAUGGUGUUAAUGGCAGUUUUCACAACAAUCUUAACAAGUCCAAUCAUUUCAUUAUUCAAUAAGAAACCAAAGAAGGCCAUACCAGGUGAACAAACUGUUGUACUUUGUACCAGUAGUUUAGAUAUUGGUCCAUCAUUAGUUGAUUUAGGUUAUUGUAUUGGUAACAAAGUUCAAGCAACAGGUUUCACUCGUAGAAAAUUGAAAAAGAUUUAUUUAUUAGCAUUGGCAGAGGUGAAUGAUAGACCAUCAGAUUUCAUAAGUCAAAUUCGUAAAGAUAUGUCAAAGGAGGCUUUCACACAUCUUUCAGCACAAAGUCAACAUUUGAAAAUGAAAAUCUCAAUCAAAUCAAUCGUAUCCGAUAAUGAUAAUCUUUCCAAAGAUGUUUUGGAAUUCUCAGAGAGUAGAGGUGCAGGUUUAAUAAUCAUUGGUGAAGGUAGUAGACAAGGACAUGGUAGAGGCGGUAAUCUAAGUAGUGAUGUUGUAUAUAGUUUAAUUAAAAAUUCAAAUUCUCAUGUUGGUUUAUUCACUGAUAAAUCAGGUUCAAGAGGUGGUUAUCAUCGUUUCAAGAGAAUACUUUUAGCUUAUAAUGCUCAAAGAAAUCCAAAUGAUCAAGAAGCAUUAAACAUUGCAAAUACAAUGGCUUCUUCAAAUAAUACAAAAAUAACAAUCAUUGUUUUCGAUAAUGAAUUAUAUUGGGAACAACAAAAGAAACUUAAAUCAUCUACUCAAGAUUCAAAAUUAUUAAUUCAUAGUCAACCAAUUGCUGAUAGUGAUAUUAAUAAUAAUAACAAUAAUAACAAUAAUAAUAAUAAUAAUAAUAAUAAUGAAUUAAUAUCUAGUGGUCAAAAUAAUUCAAUUUUAACUCAUAGACAUCAUAUAAGCGCAGAUAAUACUUUAGCUCAAAGUGAAAUUACACCAACAACUCAUUUAGAUAUUAAUAAUAUUCAUUCAAUGCAACCAACUCCAAUGAUUGGUGAAAAUCAAUUACCAAUUAAUACACCAAGCUCAGCCACUGGUGCCGAUUCAAUCAAUAGUGGUUCAAUUGCAACAAGUUCAAAUCAAAACAAUGUUGUUGGAUUUAAAAAGUUUGAAACUCAUUUAGAGUCUGUAAUCAAUGGAAAGAACAGAUCAUCAAUUAAUGUAAUCUAUAAACCACAACGUUCAAGAUUAAAGGUUUUAUUAAGUGAAUGUUCAAAUUAUGAUCUUUUAAUUGUACCAUUUGAACCAACUAAACAAAAUAUCAACUCUUUCCCAUCUUUCCAUGUACCAGGUAUUGACAUUAUGAAGAAAUCUUUAUCAAUGGUUCAUUUACCAGGUUAUAAAAAGAAUCCUUCCACUAACUCUCCAUUACCUGAAAGAGAUAUUGAGCAUCUUGAAGAGUUUGAUGAUCAUCCACAUAUUAAAAAUGGUAGUACAAAUAAUCUAUCUGCUUCUGCCCAUCGUGGUGGUUCGUUCAGUAAAUCUGGUAACCAUGGUAGCUCUGGUAAUCUUAACAAUAGUGGUAGUGCUAAUCCAUUGGGUAAAGCUGGCGAAAUCACUGAUGGUCAUGUAGAAGUUGAAAUGGAUAAUCUUCGUUCUAGUGAUGAUUCUGAUCAGAAUCUUGAUGAUGAACCUUAUUGGUCAAAAUGUCCAAUCUCUUCUUUGGUAAUUCACCAUAAAGAUACUAUCCCACAGGUUAUUAGCGAAUUAAAUAAUAAGAAGAAUGCUGAAGAAAAUGAUACCAAUAAAAAUAGUAAUAAUAGUAAUAAUGAUAAUAACAAUGAUAUUAACAAUAAUAAUAUCAUUUUACCAGACGAUACUCCAUACGAAGUUGAUCCAUCUGAUCUUAAAAUUAGUCAAACGAUUGUUUAA